GAUACUGAUGCGGUCACUCUCUCACAGUCCCGCCAAAUCACGGCAAACAAACCCGUAAAUUGAUGCAAAAGGAAUGGGCAAAACGGAUCCCAAGAACUCAUCAAAUAUCAGAUCCUCACUCCACUCCACUCCACAGAUUACUAUUAUAAGGAUUUUUCGAGUAACAGCAGACUGAUACAAAAUUUUACAUUCCGUACUGGUUUUUUUUUUUUGUUUUUUUUCUUUUCUCUUGAAUCUGUGUAAAGAUGGCUAGUAUGGCGGCGAUCGGUGUUCUAAAGGUGCCGUCCGCGUCUUCUUCUUCUUUUUCCAAUUCGUCGAAUUGCAGCCGGAGGCUUGGAAAUCUUUCAUUUUCGUCCUCUGUUAAUGUUUCUGGGGACAAGAUUUAUUGUUCAAAAUCGUCUUCUUUUUCUGGUCAUUACAAUUACAAUGGGAGAACUCCGAUGAUUGUUUCUCCUAAGGCCGUGUCUGAUUCCAGAAACUCCCAGACUUGUCUUGACCCUGACGCUAGCAGAAGUGUAUUGGGAAUUAUACUUGGAGGUGGUGCUGGGACCCGACUUUACCCACUUACCAAGAAGAGGGCAAAGCCUGCUGUUCCUUUAGGAGCAAACUACAGGCUGAUUGAUAUUCCUGUUAGUAAUUGUUUGAACAGCAAUAUAUCCAAGAUCUAUGUUCUUACGCAAUUCAAUUCUGCUUCUCUCAAUCGCCACCUUUCUCGAGCAUAUGCCAGCAACAUGGGUGGCUAUAAAAAUGAAGGUUUCGUUGAAGUUCUUGCUGCUCAGCAGAGUCCAGAGAACCCUAAUUGGUUCCAGGGCACAGCCGAUGCAGUUAGACAGUACUUGUGGUUAUUUGAGGAGCAUAAUGUUUUGGAGUUCCUCAUUCUUGCGGGGGAUCAUUUGUACCGUAUGGAUUAUGAAAGGUUUAUCCAAGCACAUAGAGAAACAGAUGCAGAUAUCACUGUAGCUGCAUUGCCAAUGGAUGAAAAACGUGCAACUGCCUUUGGGCUGAUGAAAAUUGAUGAAGAAGGACGCAUCAUUGAAUUUUCUGAGAAGCCAAAAGGGGAGCAAUUGAAAGCUAUGAAGGUUGAUACUACAAUUUUGGGUCUUGAUGAUGAGAGAGCAAAAGAGAUGCCUUACAUUGCUAGCAUGGGAAUAUAUGUGGUCAGCAAAAAUGUAAUGUUAGAUCUUCUAAGGGAUAAGUUCCCUGGAGCCAAUGAUUUUGGAAGUGAAGUUAUUCCCGGUGCUACUUCCAUUGGGUUGAGGGUGCAAGCUUACUUGUAUGAUGGCUAUUGGGAGGAUAUUGGUACGAUUGAGGCAUUUUACAAUGCCAAUCUCGGGAUUACUAAGAAGCCCAUACCAGAUUUCAGCUUCUAUGACCGUUCAUCUCCAAUUUAUACUCAACCUCGCUAUUUGCCUCCAUCCAAGAUGCUAGAUGCUGAUGUUACAGAUAGUGUUAUUGGGGAGGGAUGUGUUAUAAAGAACUGUAAAAUUCACCACUCAGUGGUUGGGCUUCGGUCUUGCAUAUCAGAAGGUGCCAUCAUAGAGGACACAUUAUUAAUGGGAGCAGAUUAUUAUGAGACUGAUGCUGACAGGAGGUUUUUGGCUGCAAAGGGUAGUGUUCCAAUUGGUAUUGGCAGGAAUUCUCAUAUCAAGAGAGCUAUUAUUGACAAGAAUGCUCGUAUUGGGGACAAUGUGAAGAUCAUUAAUAGCGAUAACGUACAAGAAGCCGCCAGGGAAACUGAUGGAUAUUUCAUUAAGAGUGGGAUUGUCACAGUAAUCAAGGAUGCCUUGAUUCCCAGCGGAACUGUAAUCUAGACAGUUUUUCUUUAGCAUGGGCAUGCCAAAGCUUCUUAGAAGUGCUCUACUCUUGCAUCUUGGGAUGUGAUAGCAGAUAUGCUUUCAGUUUAUUUUAGGCUCUGUUCUUUCAAUGCAUGAUGUGUAUGUCCUGGUUGUAAAAUCUUGAGGAGCAGAGUACGAGAGAACCCCUGAAAUUUUUCUAUAGAGGUCUUUUUCUGCUUGAUUUAAAACUAUCCACCAUAAUUGUCUUAAUCUUCGUUCUUAGAGUGUCCAAUAAUUGACAGAAAAUAAAAUACCAAUAAAUACAUAGAGAAGCUUGUAGAA